ACAAAAAAAUUCUUCUCCUUAGUGUCUUUUGGGAUGGUAAACCCACAUAUGUAUUACUUAAACAAAGUUAUGUCAUCUCUGUUUUUGGACACUUCUGUGCCUGGUGAUGAAAGGACCAACUUUAAGUCUAUUUGCAGCAUCCCUGAUUUUUGGAAGUUUAUGGAAGGACCCCUUUUGGAAGGUCUAUACUGGGACUCAUGGUACAGUAAUAGCCAGUUGUAUAAUUCAAAGAACAGCAGUCGCAUCUACUCUGAGAACAUACUCUUAGGAGUCCCCAGAGUCCGUCAACUAAAAGUCCGAAACAACACAUGCAAGGUCUAUUCAUCCCUUCAGUUUCUGAUGAGCGAUUGUUAUGCCAAAUACACUUCUGAAAAUGAAGACGUAUCUGAUUUUGGCCUUAAAGUUGAUACUGAAUGGAAGUAUUCUACUCCUAAUAGCAACUCCCCUUGGCACUGGGGAUUUGUUGGUGUUUACGGAAAUGGGGGAUAUAUUUUCACUUUAUCAAAAUCAAAAUCUGAAACCAAAAACAAGUUCAUUAAACUUCAACAGAACAACUGGAUCACAAGAGGGACUCGAGUUAUUUUUAUUGAUUUUACGUUAUACAAUGCUAAUGUAAACCUGUUUUGCAUCAUCAGGUUGGUGGCAGAAUUCCCUGCAACUGGAGGAAUACUUACUUCAUGGAAGUUUUAUUCAGUGAAACUCCUCAUCUAUGUUAGCUACUAUGAUUAUUUUAUUGCUUUCUGUGAAAUCACAUUUUUAAUUUUGUUUACUCUCUUCCUAAUACAAGAAGGCAAAAAAAUGAAAGAAUUUAAGUUUGCCUAUUUCAAACGUAUUUGGAACUGGCUAGAAUUACUACUUUUGGUGCUGUUUAAACGUACUGAAGAAUAUUCAGACUUCUAUUUGCUCGCACACUGGCGCAUUUUUUACAACAAUAUACUUGCUAUUAUCAUCUUUUUUGCAUGGAUAAAGAUAUUCAAAUUCAUAAGCUUUAAUAACACAAUGUCUCAGCUGUCAUCAACCUUGUCCUGCUGUAUCAAAGACAUAGUAGGAUUUGCCAUCAUGUUUUUUAUAAUACUCUUUGCUUAUGCCCAGUUAGGAUUUCUUGUUUUUGGAUCACAGGUUGACGACUUUUCUACUUUUCAAAAUUCCAUAUUUGCACAGUUUCGAAUUAUUCUGGGGGAUUUUAAUUUUGCUGCUAUUCAGCAAGAAAAUCGCAUCUUGGGACCCAUUUACUUCAUCACCUUCAUCUUUUUCAUAGUCUUUGUCCUAUUGAACAUGUUCUUGGCAAUAAUUAAUUAUACCUAUUCGGAAGUGCAAGAUGAUUAUUCAUUAGGCAGAAGACCAUAUUUUAAACUUGGUGAAAUGAUUAAGAAGAGUUACAACAAUGUGCUCCAAAAACUCAAACUAAAGAAACCUCAAGAGGCUGAAGACAAUAAAAGUAGGAAAAACAAAGAUUUGGCUGAACAAGCCAGAAGAAAAGGCUUUGACGAAAAUGAGAUUCAAAGUGCAGAGCAGAUGAAAAAAUGGAAAGAGAGGCUUGAGGAAAAGUAUUAUUCUACAGAAAUUCAAGAUGACUACCAGCCUGUCACUCAACAAGAAUUUAGAGACCUCUUUUUAUAUGCUUUGGAGCUGGAGAAAGAAUUACACUACAUCAGUUUAAAACUAAACCGAGUGAUGAGAAAGGUUUCAGCUCUAUCCUACUGAGACAAGUGGAGGUGAGAAUCUGUGAUGCAAUCAUUGUACAUUUCUAACAAAGAUUCAUUUCUGUAUUGAAUUAUUUCCUAAACUUGUCCCCAUUUCGGAUAUGCUUUAAAAGCACUAAACCACCUAUCAUCAAACUAUUGCCAGAGUCAAUGAUAAUCAUCAAAUGAUUUCUGGGACUUAAGUGCCCCUGGAUGGGACCGACUGUACAAUCAUGUAUAUUACAACAUGCCUCCAAAGUAUAUAUACACUGGUUCACACAGAGGACUUUAUAAUGUUAUUAAACUAGAGGCCCGGUGCACAAAAAUUUGUGCACUCGGGGGUGGGAGGUCCCCCA